AUCUCCCAUCAUGCACCGGGCCCCAGGGUGCCGGGCUCAGCCUGAACCCCGGGACCCAGCUGACCCGGAGCUCCAGGAGGGAUAGGGCAUGAGAAGUAGAGCGCGAGGGUACGGUCUCACUUUCCUGCCCACCUCGUAGGUCGCGGAUGCCCAUGACCUAACAGACUUCUCUGGGCCCAGCCAGCCCUCGGCACUGCUACCCCGGGCCUAAUAUGGCCGCUGGUGCUGGGACCGGCCGCAAGCAUAGAGCCGGGCUGAGGUCCGGAGCCAGGGCCUGCUCCCGGCAUUCCUCGCGAGUGUGUCGUGGGCACCCUUCCCCCAUCUCCGGGUCCCGCGAGAGGGAGACCCUUGGGCUUUGAGGUGAGACCAAAGGGAGCAUGGCCCAGGGCUUGAUAGAGGUGGAGCGAAAGUUUGUUCCAGGGCCUGGCACAGAAGAACGGCUGCAGGAGUUGGGAGGCACUCUGGAGCACCAGAUCACCUUCCGAGACACCUACUAUGAUACCCCUGAGCUGAAUCUCAUGCGGUCUGACCACUGGCUGCGACAACGAGAGGGUAGUGGAUGGGAGUUAAAAUGUCCUGGAGCAGUAGGUGUCUCAGGAACCCAUACUAAGUACUUGGAACUCACAUCUGAUCCUGCGAUUGUGGCACGCCUCUGUGAGGUGCUGGGAGCUGAGGGACUGGGGGCUGGAGGUGUAGCUGCUGUGCUGGGUUCCCUGGGGCUGCAGGAAGUAGCUAGCUUUGUGACAAAGCGGAGUGCCUGGAAGCUGGUGUUCUGUGGAGCAGAUGAAGAGGAGCCACUGCUUAGGGUGGACCUGGAUACAGCUGACUUUGGCUAUGCCGUGGGUGAAGUAGAGGCCAUAGUACGUGAGGAAGCUGAAGUACCUUCUGCUCUAGAGAAGAUCCAGAGCCUCAGCAGCAUGCUUGGUGUACCAGCACAGGAGAGGGCACCUGCCAAGCUCAUCGUGUACCUACAGCGCUUCCGGCCUCAGGACUAUCAGCGCCUGCUACAAGCAGAUAGCUCCAGAGAGAGGCCACAGGGGACUAAACAUCUUGACAGCAACUUGGGUUAGGGGAUGUCCCUUCCCAGAAGGGCAAGAGAACUCUGGGUUUGAUGGGGUCCACACCUAGGCUCAUGGUGCCUCCUUCCUUCUAAUAGUGCCUCCUCUCUCUCCAGCUCUGCCUAUUUCACCCUGUUCUCAGCUACCCUUCCUAGAGCCCUCCCUGGUUGCCUCCUCUCCUUCAUCCGUCAGAUGCAAUCUAUGGGCCGCCCCUCUCCCCUGGCCGCUAAGCAGCCUCCAUUGAUUUCCGCUCGUGUUUAUAGGAUUUCCACUUAGCCAUGAUCAGUAGUUAAGCACAGGAAAAUCCCUUGCCACCCCCCCCUCCCUUGGUCGAUGCCAUUGAUUCUGCCAGCGGCUCUGAAACCGCCUAACAGCUGAGUUAGAGAUGAGGGAAGGCAGCAGGGAUUUCCCAGCCUUGGGGUGUGGGGAAUAGCAGCGGGGUAGGGAAAGGGUUGGGAAUUCCUGUUAGAAAUCCAGAAAUUCUGCUUUGAUUUUUGUCACUGUGCCCAGCUCAGGCCCAGAGAGUAGAGUGCCUCUCGUGGCAGUUAAGGGACAAAUGUGCUCCCAGACCUAAAAAGAGGUAGAAAGAAAAUCCUCAUUGUUGAGAUAGGUUUCCCAAGGUUUCCAGGAAAGAGUCAUACUUCCUGUGUGAGGAGGUUCUUCUCUUGUCAUUCAUACAUAUUUUCUACCUCAGACACCCAAAUACGGUUUUCUGCCUCUCAGGCUUUAUUGGGCUUUCAGUAUUUGUGGGGGAGGGGGCAGACCCUCACAGUUUUGCAGUGACAAAUGCAGAGCCAGAGUGCCACCUGGUGGUGGCCCUCAGGGGUAGGACCCCAGCUGUUGGGGCCAGGGGCUUUGGGACACAGGAGGAUUUGGAUAGUGAGUGGAGAUAGUUACUGCCAUGUCUUCACAGGCAAGUUGUUCACCUCAAAGAUCUCCUGCACUGACUGGCCAAAGUGGUUGUAGGUGAGGCGCAGCUUUAGCCGCAGAGGGGCCUAGGAAUAGGAGCAGACACCAGGGUUAGUGCCCAUGGCAUCUCCCAUGCCUGGGUCUUAUCCACAGGGCCUGGAACUCACCUUGUUAGGAUUGAGGAUUCUGAAGAGCUGAGUGAUGGGCGGGCCAUCCUGAGCUGGAACUGUGUUUCCACUGGGGGCCUCGAGCUGCAGCUGGACACUCUGAACAUGGGAGGUUUGGGCAGAACACAGUAAGGCAGCUGACUGGGCUCAGACAACCCCUUCACACUGAGUAGCUCCAAACCCUCUUCCCAUACUUCCUAGGUACCUGUCUUGUAUGCUGUUCCCUUCCAUCUCAUUCUGUCCCCUACCUACCUCCUCUGCUUUAUGGCCUUUCUCCUGGAUGCUUAGGCCGUCUCUGUACCCUGAUCUGUACAAACCUUGGGCACAGCUGCCUGGCAGAUGAAGUGAGUGACCUCAUCCUCUGAGGAGUUGGUGGUGGUGACAGUGAUUAAGAGCAAAGCAGGGGUUCCAGGGGGUCGAGUAAAAGACAGAUUCAGCUGUACUCCCUCACGUUCAAACACUUUGAGGUUUGGGAUGGGAGCUGGAGUAGGGAGAGAGAGGCACUCAGUGUGUAAGCUUGGCAUAACAUGUUCGUUCACUAUUCAGUAGCAGAGUGAGCACCUCUUCACCCUGCACCACUUGAGACACUUGUGACCAAGGAGAAAGCAGCUAAGUUGAGGUGGGAGGAUCACAAGUUCAAGGCCAGGUUGGGCAAUUUAAGACUCUGUCUCAAAUUUUCAAAAUAAAAUUUUUUAAAAAAAGACCUAGGGUUGUAGCUCAAUGUCAGAGGACUUUCCUAGCAUUUAUGAGGCCCUAGGUUCAAUCCUCAGCAAUGAAAUAGCAAUUACAAAAAAAAAAGUUCAAGCCAACAGCCUAGUUGGAGUGGGGAGAAGAAAAAACAAGAUUGGGUGUAAUGGGUACUAUGAGUGAGCUAAAUUAAGUCAGAAUAACUAGGAAGAACUGGCUUAAAUAGGAACAGUAAGGAAGGGCAACUGACAUUUCACGGAGACAAAACAAAACAUGAAAUGCCACGGGCUUGAGGUGGGAGAGUUUGAGGAACUGAGAGGGGCCAGUGGAGUGGGCACUGGGGAAGUGGUAUGAAAUGGGUUGGGGAGGAAGCAGGGCCCUGCAUCACAGAGAAGUCUGAACAAAGGAAGACACUAAGGGGUGGCCAGAGAACUGGCAUGAUUGAAGCCUUUAACCUACAAAGAUACAGUGAUCUGGAUUGGGAGGACACACGGGAAGGGGAUACAUGAGCUGUAGUCUGUGGCUCCAAAGGAGAGAGCACAUUUCCACCCAUCUCUAAGACCUCUCCCCUUUGCUGAGGUUUACCUGGGGGUGGAGGUGCACAGGGAAGAUCAAGGAGGUGUACUAGUGCACCCUCUGGGGAGGGAUUCAGAGAGGGUGGCUGCUGGGUGUCUCCAGAAGUAUCAUCCAGGAGAUUUAGCAGAUCCAAGAGCUUUGAGGUCUGGGAGAAAGGUUAGAAGGAUCAGGGCUAGGCAUGGAAGCCCAACUGAGUCCUUGCUCUAGGGCAGUGUUGGUGAACCUUUUAGAGAUGAAUGCCCAAACUGCAACCCAAAACCCACUUAUUUAUUGCACAGUGCCAGCACUGCAAUUAAACCCGAAUACUCAGGUUUCAUUUAGAGAAAACUCAUGUUAACAUCUUUUGUCUUAAAAGAAAAAAACCCCAUGUGUGCUACAGUUUUGCUACCACUGCUGUAGGGCCUCCAGCCUCCUCACCUGGGGCUCUGUGGGGACAGGGGCUGUGUCGUCUCUGCUUUCUUUUGCUUCUUCAUCAGUCUGGGGGCCACCAUGCUCCACAAGGGGCAUCUUUUCAAGGAUAGCAGCCCUGAAAGGAUGGAAUGUACCUGUCCUUUUGUGUGGACCCUGCACCUUUCAUGAGAUGCAUCUGGCAGGAGGGCUAGGAACAAGGAGAGCCCUGGGCACAUGGGGGUCAGAAGUGCCCUGUGACUUCCUAAGAUGGCACACUGUUGCCAGUUUUUCAGAUAAGCAAGGAGGCUUAGGAGUCAGUUUAGCUUCAAUAGCUUCAAUGACUGUGGGUGGGAGGCUCUCACUGAAAGAGGAAGAAUGCAGGGGAAGUUGAGACCCUCGGACCUAAUGGGCAUUUGGGGCAGGAUAGAGGUUUGGGUCCUACAUGGCAGCAGACUGCUGGGCGCACCUCAUGUGGUCAUACUUCUGGAAGAGCACGUUAUACUCCACAGCCCGCUGCUGCAGCUCCACGUCCAGACAGCUCCCGUAGAUGGACACCACCUGGCGGAUGCGGCUGACCCACAGUGUGACGUAGUUCCCCAAGCCCUAUUAUGUAACCGGGCCAGCCUGGACACUGGGGUAAUAGCACUGAAACAGCCUGUGUUCCUCCUGCAUGGAUUUCACUGGGUAGAGAAGAUGGAGGGGUGCUGACAUGGCUGCUGCAUCGUAAGUGUUCAUGUGAGGGAUACCCUGGGCUGGUGGAUCCCAGCUUCCCUCCAUAGGGGGAUCUAAGCAGUGACCCCCCCUUCAAGCCCCCACCUGGGCCAGCAAGUCAUUCAUGGUCUCACUGCUUUUUUCAUGGUUCCGGCCCAGGAUCCGAAGCAGACGAAGUAUCUGGACCUAAGGUCAGGUUAAUGGGUUAAUGGGAGUUGUGAGCCAGAGGAGAAAACCCCAACAUUGAAGAUAGCAUUGUGAGGGGUCUGGCUAGCCUUUUAGAGCCCCCUACCCUUCUCUCUCAUCUCCACAGGUCUUUUGUGUGUGUGUGAGAUCAGGGGAGUUUAGAAUAAGCUUUUCUUUUUAUAAAAUGGAUUUGUGAACUUCAAGCAUCCCCUCUCCCCUAACUGGUCCUGGGAUGACCAGGGCAAUCCUGAGCUUGCCACCCUCCUGCCCAGGACACUGAGCCAAGGUGUCCUCUAGGUGACCACCAGCCAUGGUCUCGUUGCUAAGUCUUCUCUAUUCCAGGGACACAACAGGAGGAGGUUACCCCACCUGCAGAAAAGGGUCACUGAUUCCAGAUAUGCUGUGCUCUGUGGAGUACCCCGUUGUCACCAGAGUUCGGAGGAUCUGCACCAGCUUGGCCAGGCCUGAAGCAGAGGAUGGGGAGCCCAGUGGCCUUACCAUGGUGGUGCUCAUGAAGCAGUUUGGCACAAAGUGGAAGGAAGAUGUCAGAGAGCUCAGGGGCUUUCCGAACCAUGUGCACUGCAGUCAGAAUAGCCUGCAGAAGUCAGGGGCCUCAGACAGGGGACCAGGCUCCACCAGGAUGACCCCCGCCCCCGCGCAUGGCAGACCUGGGAGUUUCUGGAGGGGCAGGGCCCAGUGCUGCUGCCUUCACGAGUCCUUCCCUCCAUUCCCAUCUCUGGGUGCUUCAGUUUUCCCGCCCCAGAACGCCAAGUCUCACCUGUCUUCGGUUUGAACUGUGCUUCUCUACCCCCCCGCGCUUCCUGGUAGAGGGCCCAGUAGGGGUUGGAGCUUGAUCGGGUUCUUCCCUCUCCCCGCCUCCAUCACGGGACCCGCCCUCUUGAGCCUGCCGCCCUCGGGCCGCCUUAGGGUAUGGAGCUGUGGCCCGCGUAGGGGCUCAGGACAGUACAGUAAACCUGCUUCUUUUACAUUCGCAUGGUUGCCAAAGCCUCAGAGAGCUUGGGUUUGACGACACUGCACCCCAAAGGAGAUGACAAUCCCCCUUUUUUUGAACUUUUUUAUUAAUAUAUUUUUUGUUAAAUUU